UGAGUGCGGGGGUGAGGUGACUGCCGUCGUCUAUGACAACAAUUGAACGCGGGGAGUGAGCGUGUCUUCCGGUUGUACGAUCAGGAGGACUUCAUCUCCUUCUGCUUCAUCGUUUCCGACCCCCAGAACAUUCCGUCUUUCCGGCUGCAGAAUGGAAGAAUCCUGGUGACAGCGCAACACACAGACCCACGCUGAGACCGAGCAUGGCCGUGGACGCGGCGUCCAGCUUCAGCUUUUGCCGCGCCUCCCUGGAUCACACGCUGUCGGCUGAAGAGCUGAGCUACCAGCUGCCACGGCGCUCUGGAGGCAGCAACCUGACCUGGCAUGACGGCCGUAGCCAGAAGACAGCACACACGCGCACCGUCAAACUGCUGCAACAGCCUGGCACAGAGGACAUCCAGCUCCAUCCAGGUGAAGCAUUCACCGUGUACCACACCAGCCCAACGUUGUCCAGUCUGUCCAAACCUGUGGUGCUGUGGUCUCAGCAGGAUGUCUGCAAGUGGCUUAAGAAAUACUGUCCUCACAACUACCUGACCUAUGUAGAAGCCUUCUCUCAUCACGCCAUCACAGGACGGGCCUUACUGCGUUUGAACGGAGAGAAGCUCCAGAGGAUGGGAAUCGUACAAGACACACUAAGACAGGAGGUUCUCCAACAAGUCCUCCAGCUGCAGGUCAGAGAAGAGGUCCGGAACCUUCAGCUCCUCAGUCGAACCUCCUUUGGAAACUUUUCUUAGCUCAUGUCAGCAUUUGCCCUCAGUCCAUGUCACAAAAUCUCCAGCAGCCAUGGAGGGCUAUUGUCUUCAGAUUUGUGAGUGGAGAAUCAAACCUAGGACAAGCCUAUGGACAACAUGUCAAAAGUACUGCGGAAUUAUCCUGCUUGUCUACCAGACCUUGAGACGAGAGACAAAGCUGCUUUCAACCGUAGCAUAAGGAUAAGGUGAUGCUGAAGAUCUAAAACUCUUUUAGGUCAUACUGAGAACAUCUAAUUCUUGUGUGUCGCAUUUCAAUACAGGCUUGUGAAUUGUGGGAAAGCACAUAACAAACAUUUGACCUUUUUUUUUUUUUUUUUUUGGUAGACCAGAUCAAAAUUUUGCCUUUGCAAAGUUACUCUAAUAGUAAUAAUAAUUUGACAAUAGAAGUUUUAAUGCAAAUGUUUUUUUAUGUCAAUUUUCCAUUAUAUUGGAGAUGCAGCUAAAGUUGUUGGUGAGUGUAAAUUCAUCAUUUAUUUUACAUUAAUCCUAAAUAUUGAAGCCCAGGUUUCUGUAAAAAUGAUUAAAAUUAAAGUACACUAAUAUUAAUAUAUAAUACAAAAACAUCCCUCAUACAUAAACUGCAGCGCAUUUUCCUCUCAGUAAUUGAGAUCACUGGUGAGUGACUGAUAGCAGAUAUCAUCGGACAUUUUACUGUAUAUGGUGAUUGAAUAAGACUACAUUUAAGACACUGUAUAGCUACGCACAAUAUACAUUACAUUACAUCUGAGAGUUGUGAAAUAACAUGCACUGUAAAUCAGUAUAUUCUCACAGAAGCUUAGUGUUGUUUCCAUGGGUCAAAUCCCAAGGACAUGCAAGUGUAAUGUUAUGAUCUCGAUGUCUACGCUUGAUGAAGCAAUAACUUAAAUGUAAUUACUCAAUGAGGACUAGCUGUUAGGGAUAAAGCAUACUGAAAUGUGUUAUUUUAUAGUUGGUAUUCUGAGGAGAAUGCCUUUAUGAUUUGCCUAUUAUACAGAAAGAAUUUAACAGACUCGCUGUGUUGUUCAUGAGCAUUACCGUUCGUAAUCUCCCUGACAAACAAAAGAAAUGGAUAAACCCCAAUUGUAUUCCAUACACCUUAUCCCCAUGUGACACUGUGUUUUCUUCAAAAUCCUGUAAUACUGUGACAGCUACCCAGAUACAAGAUUCCCAAGUGGACUCGAGUGAGUGCGUUUGACGUCGGUAUUAAGACAAGCAGACAUCUAUUUAAGAUGAUGAGGAUGGUACAUUUGCAUACAUCAAGAGACAAACUUCCAGCAAAAAACACAUCAGACAACUUGCCUCCAUCUGGCCCUUCAAAGCCAAAAAUGCAAGAGACUGACUAUUAACAGGGAGAUCACCAACUGCAGUAUUUUUCAAAUACCGGUACCCAAUGAUCAGUGUGUGAAUGUGUGUGUGUGUGUGUGUAGGUGUGUGUGUGUGUAUGUAUAUAUUUACCGAAGUAUUGAAAUAAUGUAAGGAAAAAUUAAGAUGAUUUUUUUUUAAUAUAAUAAACUACUAAAGUAUUUCUGAACUUUUUUUUGUUUGCUCUUCAAUGACUCUAUCACACACACAAACUGAUUCAAAACAUAAAACAUCUUUCAACUAAAUGGGGAUUUUCUGUUUCUUACGCCUCUUAUUUUAGUCUUUAUAUACCAUAUUUAGUGGAAAAACCUAAGAUUUAAAAGAUAGGGUGAUUAAAAUAUUAUGAUGGAAAAAAAACUUUACUAACAUGUAUUUGGCCUUUUCUUUACUGACAUUUGGAGAAGCAGUAUGUUUUUAUGAGUCAGGAUUUUCACUAUCACCUUGUAAAACACUUGACCAGCUGGAUACCAAAUAAGGGUGUCAACAAUAAUCGAUGCGGCGAUGCAUCCCGAUGCGGGGCAGGGACGAUUCGAUUCGAUGCGGGCAACACGCUGAAUCGAUUCAGCGCAUUUUAAAACAUAUAAGUACGUUCAAAAAUCUUCCCUGCGCAAUUCCGGUGAUGCAAUGGAUUUGGUUUCCCCAUUGUAUUGUUAUUCUCAGAGAGAGCUACUUUACAUUCAAAGCAAGCCCGUACAUGUUAGAUCGGGCCUAAAAAAUUCCAGCCCAACCCGACACGGCCCGCUGGUAUUGAAGCCCGACCGGCCAGAUCAAUUAACUAUAGAUCUGCAUGCCCGAGCUAAGUGAUGCGGAAAAAAAAAACGCAGCAGCAGCAGCAAUUUAUUUUCAUUUCUUCAAGUUUUCUUACUGUUUAAAUAGUCUACAUAUUUUUAUAAGAGUUAUAAAAGCCUUUACACAACGAAAUAACGCUGGGAAAGUUCAAUAUAAAAAAAAAAAAAAAAGGUUUUGCAGACACACAGAGGAGAAGAUUCGAAAGGAUCGCAUUUGCCUUUGUGUGCAUAAAUAAAAGUGCCUUUCCUAACAAAUUCUCAGUUGGCAGACAAA